GCGCGGCGGUUGGGCGGCCGGUGGCUUUGGGUUCGUGGCCCGUCCGCCUCGAGCCUGGAGCGGUAGCCGUCGUGACCUCGUGAACGCAGACGUGCACGUACAUCCGUCCCAGCGGCCACCGGCAGCCCGAGUACGGCAGCCGUUAGGCACCAAGGCGGGCACAAGCGGCUUUUUGCUUCCAUCCUUGCUAGCUGGCUCCUUUUACCUCAGAUUUGAACAUAGGUUUAUUGUGUAACGCGCUGAAGGUCUCUUCUGGUCGUGUGCAAAGAAAGUACCUUAAUUUUAUUGAAGAAAGGCUGAUUUUCCUGUAGAGACAGGAGCAGAAGGGCACCCGACCCUCCUUAGCUCACAUUCAGGCCAUGGUGACCGUUGCCGUGCAGGGCUUGUCCCAAAGCUCUAAUGCAGCCCAGAGUUCAGUUUUGCAGACAUAAAGCCCAUGGCAACCUGGAGCUGCCCCUCACGUAACAGUCUCUUUACCUAUCUCCAUAGCGCGUUUAUCUCAUAGUUCAUCCCCACACCUGGACCACACAUUUACCAGCACUGCUGCAUUGGAGCUGCGUGUCAGACAGGUGGACGGCAUCUCCCCGGCCGUGCUUCCCUCAGCACCACAAGCAGUGCCCAGAGCAACAAUCCCAGUGCAGCCAACACAACUGUCCAGCUUCAGGGGGAAAAAACCACACGCACAGGAAAGCAUUACAAACUAGAAAGAGCACACUGCCUCGCAUAAAAGUGCACUGUGUUUGGCCGCCAUCCAGGCUUCCCAGUGACCCCAGGUAGAGUGAGAGCACACGGAUCUGCAGAAGUCUGGGCUCUUAUCUCCGGGAUCAAAGAACAAAUCCUCUCUAAGUCCCCUCUGCCUUUUUAACCUCACAAAACCUUCCCCUACAUCUUACUAGUUCCACGCAAUGCUCACUCUACAGGGCAGUGUCAGCUACAGGUAAGGCCUUCCUAUGCAAGUACUCAAUGAAUGUAAGCAUAAAAUCAUUCCCAGAGUUGUCAAAAUACGUGCCAUGUUUGUGGACAAUCUGAGUUGCAGCACUUUUUCUUCUUUUUGCCAAGUUCUACUUGUGGUUUGGGUUUGUUUUUUAAUGUAAAACACUCAUCAGAGUUAUUUUUAAUGUAGAACAAUACAAAUAAUACUAAGAACAUAUUGUAACCUUACAACCUUAUUUUCUGGUGUUUUUCUUUGCCUGAAGAAAAACACCAGAAAAUACCAAAGAGGUACUGAAGGCUCCUUCUGUCACGUUCCAUAAUCUAUUGCCACGCGCACAAGAAGCAACUGCUAUGUACUCGUUUUAUAGAUUUGUGGAGUCAAGGUUACCUCAAGAACUCAUUUCUAUGCACUGGAGACACUCUCCCUCCCCGUCCUGCAGAACAGGGAACACCAGUCGUUACAGUUAUUAUGAGCCGGCUCUGUUCUCAAUGUGCCAUUCAUUAUCACACUUCCAACACAGCCACCUCUCCUUCGCGCAGCUUUUGUCUGAAAGAAGACACAAAGAGAGCAGAGCCAUGGUGGGAACACCAUCAAAAUAUGCCUAGCGAACAUGGUGAAUGAGCACUGCACCCUCCAUACCCUUUUUCUCACCGUUAUUUCACAGAUUUGUAAUACACGCUCCUUAACUCCCAUUUUGAGAUCUGCUGAAAGCUGUGUGCAAACUGGAUCCUACCUCUGUUACAGCGUCCCAUCCCUGCUUCCCUAGUGGCUUAAUUAUAGAUGCUGUGCUGUGUGUCAACAGCCUCUGAUCAACUGCUUUAUCUAACUCAUCUGCUGAGAGAAUACUUUCCUUGGAUCAGCCUGUAUUGCCUGUUAGACUGUGAUAAAGGCAUCAACAUGUCCUUCCAUGCUGGGACAAUAUUGUAGUGCACACUGACUUGUAAACUAUGAUGCAGUUUGGCAUUUCAGGCUGGAAAGGUGGGGUGAUUACUCCAGAGAUCUCCGUGCUGAGCUUCAACAAUGAAGAAUGAAGGGAAGUUAAUCAUGGGCCGUGCAGUGAACACUUCCUAAGAGGCUUAAUUAUAAAUGUUGUGCGGUGUACAACUGCAAGGAGAUGAGUGUUAGCUAGGGAACGUGUCUUCUGAAAUUACUCACGUGAUAGCAAGAUGAGCCUGAAGAAAUGGGGGGGAACAUCCUGAAAAUCUACAAGGAUACUUCCAAGUCAGGAAAUAGCAAAAGAAAACGGUUUAUUACGUCUAACUGCAUUGUUUCCAAUGCCUCACUGACUAAACAGCACUUGAAAAUGAAACGUAACGUUCACGCAUCAGUAGAUGAAAGGAACUGGUUGUAGCUGCAUCUGCUUAAAUUCCCAAACAAAUAUUUUCUUCCCACUUGUUGCUUUAUGUACAUCUGCCUUGUUAUUAUCCCUUUUCACACUGGUUGAGCAUCCUGAUCUUUUCCAGUAAGCUGAGUGCCUGUGAAGACGAGGAUCUGUUCUGUCUUGUAUACAGUCAGGCCCACAGUGACCUGAACAGCGGUUUUUUAAGGGAAAGAAAGGACACAAGAAUAUAAACUAUUGCAAAUGGCAUGAAGAAACGACACACAAAAAACCAAGGUGACGACCACCAACCAACUACAAGACUGUUGCAAUGAGUUUUGUUGAAUAUGGCGAUACGAUCAAGGAUGGUGACACAGCUAUUGUGUUCUUGGGCCACGAAUCCAUGUUUCCUGUGAAGGUCCAGCAUGGCGGUGUAACUCAGACUAAAUAUGGGGUCAUCCGGCAUUCCACGGAUCUCAUAGGCAAGAAGUAUGGCUCCAAAGUGACCUGCAGUAAAGGAGGAUGGGUUUUUAUUCUUCAUCCAACUCCAGAACUGUGGACUGUGAAUCUUCCACACAGGACGCAGAUCCUGUAUUCCACUGACAUCUCCGUAAUCACCAUGAUGUUAGAACUGAAGCCAGGCUCCAUAGUAUGUGAAUCAGGUACAGGCAGUGGAUCCCUGUCCCACGCUCUCAUCAGGACAGUGGCUCCCACAGGGCAUCUGUACACAGUGGAGUUCCACCAACAGAGGGCUGAGAAGGCCAAGGAGGAAUUUCGGGAGCAUGGAGUAGAGCAUCUGGUCACGGUGACCAACCAGGAUGUCUGCAAGAAUGGGUUUGGUGUCUCAGGCAUUGCAGACGCUGUGUUCCUGGAUAUUCCAUCUCCGUGGGAAGCCAUUGGACAUGCAAAGUCUGCGUUAAAAGCUGAAGGUGGCCGCAUCUGCUCUUUCUCCCCCUGCAUCGAACAGGUGCAGAGAACCUGCCUAGCAAUGGAAGAGUACGGUUUUACGGAGAUUAACACCUUGGAAAUUCUGCUCCGAGUAUACAAUGUAAGGACAAUUAGCUUGCAAAUCCCUGACCUUGGAAAAGCAGCUGAGGAUAAUUCUAGCGCUGGCUUUGACAGCAGCAACCCAUCAAACCAAGGUAGCCCAGGCACUAAUCUGCAGCAAGGAACGGUGCAGUUCAAAAGUGGCGUGCCGCUGAAGGAGAUGGUGGGUCACACAGGGUACCUGACCUUUGCCACUAAGAGCCUCUUCUAGUACACUUCAUCUUGGGGAAGUUGGGAGUGUUUUGUGUGUUUGUGUGUUUGCCGUUUUCAUGGUUCCUUUUUGUAGGCCAUCCAGAUUGUCAGGGAAUUCCAUAUAUAGUCAGAUUUAGUUGGAAUAUGCUUUGUUUAAAUAGCACGCAAGCAUUAAGCAGAGCAGCAUCAAGGGAAUGUUGGAACUGUGGAGCAGUGCUUGCUGUCAGAAAGACAAAGUAAUAGCAAGUGGCCAUUCACUGGAAUGUGUGGGAUAAAGAUUCCUCCUGAUAAGAAAGUAAAACAGCACACUGGUCACAAACAAGAUGGAUUUUUUUCCUCCUCUUUUCUGAAUGACUUUCCCAGUUUAAUGUUUUUAUCACAGCACCAUGAGACACUUCUCUUUUUAAACUUCUCUGGCGUGUGUGUGUUGCUUUUAGGAAUCUGGAAGUGCUUCCUUGCUUCCUUUUGGAUAUGGAAGUUGCAAAGCCGUAUGGUUGCCUGCAUGGCAGGCCACAGUAUUAGUGUUUCUUUGGAAUAGUGUUGAGCUGCACAGAGGGUUAUUGGCAGCACUCAGGAACACAGCCUCUUCCUCCAUUCUGGCAUCUGCAAAUCACUUGGAUUACACAGAGGUCGAAUAAGUGUGCUAAUUGUUGGAUUUGGUCUAAAAUGGUAUUGCGAUCAAUUGAUAGUAGAAAAUGAGGCAUGGAUUUGUACUAUAAGCUUCUAAUAGGUCAUCUGCUGUCAGCAUUAUGAAUCCACUGUGAAAACGCACCGAAUGGAUGGGGAAUGUUACCUGAACUGCUCUGUGAGCAGUGUGGCUGAGGUGCAGUUUGCUUGGUGUUUUAUUGCGUGAUGGUGCCUUAUCGGCCUACAGCUGAAUGACAGUGAGAUUGCUUUUGGCAGGACUUGUCUCCAAAUGGCAACAAUAAUGCAAACAUGGUAAAACCAUCAAUCAGCCUUAUUAAUUAUGUUUUUGGACCAUUUAGUCUUUAGUAUUCCAUAAAAGCUGGCGGGUGGGAUGAACUUUUUGAAUGCUAGAUUACGUUUUAUUAAUUACAGAGUAAAAUAAUGAUGAAAAAUGUUGAAGUUUCUCUUUUCUUUAUAUUUAAUGUGUUUUUUUCUAGCAAUCUCACAGAUAUUCCAGCCACUAGUACCAUCUCUGGAAAUGUUUAGCUGUGCCUUGCAUUUGGCACCUUAUAUGUUGAUUGUAAGAAAAAUAGCCAUCCAUAACCUGCUGCCUGAGCAAUUGAACCUGAUAUCCCUCCCCCAUUCUUGACAGAAAUAAACAAAGCUAAGCUUUUAA